UCUCCGCGCCGCGCCGCGCCACGCCGCGUCGCCUCACCGUGGGGGCGGAGACUGCGCGGGACCGACGCGCAUCCACAGUCCGACGCCUGACCGGCCCAGAGCGAACAGUGGAUCUAUCUGCGGGGAGAGGAAGAGGAAGAAGAAGAAGGAGGAGGAGGAGAAGAAGAAGAAGAAGAAGAGGAGGAGGAAAAAACAAAAGUUCAACUCGUCUCAGCUGUGAGAGGGAUCCUCGCGAAUAGGUUGUUGAUUUACGCAAGGUCAUAGGCAGUGGUUGGACGGAGAUGAUGUCCAUGCAAAUGAGUGAGGCGGACAGUGUGGUGAAGGUAGCGGAGUGGCAGCAGACAUACUACGCCUCAGACUCUGGCAUCCAGUCAGGAGCCACCACUGCGCGGGAUGACGAGAGCAGCAGCGAGUACAGCAGCAGCAAGAAGUAUACCUUGACCACCAGCAUCACUUCCUCUACUGCUGCGGCCGCUAGCACCGCUGCUACCAGCGCCACCACUGCUGGGGGAGGAGACACAGCUGCUGGUGGAAUGGAGAAUCCAAUUGACCUUGAAGCCCAGUACUCGCUGACCAGGGCCCAGCGCGUGAGGGCAGCCAUGUUCCCAGAGACCCUGGUGGAGGGGGAGGCGGCAAUGCCCGUCCAAUCAGAUCCCUCACAGCAGAGCAACGUGCAACGAUUGGCCGAACCCUCACAGCUUCUGAAGACAGCCAUAGUCCACCUGAUAAACUAUCAGGAUGAUGCGGAGCUGGCCACCAGGGCGGUGCCAGAGCUCACCAAACUUUUGGCCGAUGAGGAUCCGGUGGUGGUGAAUAAGGCGGCCAUGAUUGUCAACCAGCUCACUCGGAAGGAGGCGAGCCGCAGGGUUCUGGUCCAGUCACCAGCCAUGGUCGCAGCCAUAGUGCGUGCCAUGACGACGGCUGUUGACAUGGAGACUGCCCGCUGUUCUGCUAGUGUGCUCCACAGCCUGUCCCACCAGAGGGAGGGGCUGCUUGCCAUCUUCAAGUCUGGAGGAAUACCCGCCCUGGUUCGCAUGCUGAGUUCCCCGGUAGAGUCUGUCCUAUUUUAUGCCAUCACCACGCUCCACAACCUGCUACUGCACCAGGAGGGUGCCAAAAUGGCAGUUCGCCUGGCUGAUGGUCUGCAGAGGAUGGUGCCCCUCCUAAAGAAGAGCAACCCUAAGUUCUUGGCCAUCACCACCGACUGUCUGCAGCUUCUAUCCUACGGCAACCAGGAGAGCAAGUUGAUUAUCCUGGCAAAUGGAGGCCCAGAGGGUCUAGUGUUCAUCAUGAGGAACUACAACUAUGAGAAACUUCUGUGGACGACCAGCCGUGUCCUUAAAGUCCUAUCAGUCUGUCCCAGCAACAAACCGGCCAUAGUGGAGGCUGGUGGUAUGCAGGCCUUAGGCCAGCACCUGACUGGUUCUAGUCAGCGCUUAAUCCAAAAUUGUCUGUGGACUCUUCGCAAUCUGUCUGACGCUGCCACCAAACAGGAGGGGUUAGACGGGUUGCUACAGAUCCUGGUGACCCAGCUGGGUUCUGAUGAUGUAAACAUGCUCACCUGCGCCACAGGCAUCCUGUCCAACCUCACCUGCAACAACUCACGCAACAAGACCCUGGUGACCCAGUAUGGGGGUGUUGAGGCGUUGAUUCACGCCGUGUUGCGUGCGGGAGAGAAGGAGGACGUGGCAGAGCCGGCCGUCUGCGCCCUACGACACCUCACCUCCCGCCACCAGGACGCGGAACUGGCCCAGAAUGCCGUGCGGCUUCACUAUGGGAUACCUGCCAUUGUCAAGCUGCUUGGACAGCCCCACUAUUGGCCUGUUGUUAAGGCUACGGUUGGUCUGAUCCGUAAUCUGGCACUGUGCCCGGCCAAUCAGGCUCCACUGAGGGAGGCGGGGGCAAUCCCAAGAUUGGUCAACCUGCUGCUGAAGGCUCACCAGGACACACAGAGACAUGCCUCUUCUGCCCAGCAGACAUACCAAGAUGGAGUUCGAAUGGAAGAGAUAGUGGAGGGCUGUACAGGAGCACUCCACAUCCUGGCCAGAGAUCCCAUCAACAGAGGAGAGAUUGCCAGCAUGCAAACUAUUCCUCUGUUUGUACAGCUGUUGUACUCGUAUGUGGAGAACGUAAAGCGGGUGUCGGCUGGGGUUUUGUGUGAAUUAGCUCUCGAUAAACAGUCUGCAGAACUCAUCGAUGCCGAGGGCGCCUCGGCACCGCUCAUGGAGCUGCUGCACUCAAACAAUGAGGGAAUCGCCACCUACGCUGCGGCAGUCCUGUUCCGUAUUUCAGAGGACAAGAGUUCAGACUACAGGAAGAGGGUUUCAGUGGAGCUCACGCACUCCCUCUUCAAACACGACCCCUCGGCCUGGGAAAUGGCCCAUACUGCAGUUCCUCUGGAGCCAAGCUACCUAGCUGAUGAGUUAGAUGGACCUUAUCCCCCUUACGGCUAUGCUGACCUUCCCCUGGACACGCUACCAUUAGAUCCUGACCUCCACGAAGCCUACAUCCCUGACAUGACGUACGACCCCAGACAAGCCUACCCAGAGCCACUCUAACAG